CAUCGAUCUCCCACAGCAAGCGGCCUUAGCGUCUUGGCUCGCAACUUGCAACCGAAACCCCUCUGUAUGUUCCUGUUCCGCGUGGCCAUGCGAUGCUGGUACCUUAUUGUUUCUCUGGGUCUGGGCGCCGCCUCCCCGGAGUCUGAUGCGAGCUGUCUGGAUGAUGAAGUAACCUGCAGCAACUCUUACUUGCUGCAGAAGUCGCUUCAUGUGCAGUUGAAUCGCCAUGCUGAGGGUACCACGAAGCCGUGGGACGUGUAUGGCUACCUCGUGGCAACACACCACCAAGCGGGUAGCGUGCUGUACCAAAGCAUCAUCACGCGGGUCUUCGAUUAUUUAGGUGCCAAUUACUCCUGCCGCGAAUUCCUGAGGGGGAGUUCCGCGAUUACCUCACAAGGUGGACGCCAUCUUUGCAGCUCCACUCCAGGCUGGUGGGACUGUCCUAUUCACUGGCAUCACCAGCUCACGUAUAAGCAGCUGGAGAAGGACCGGGCGCAUGCUCAUGCAGAAGGCGUCAGCUUCAAGGCCGUUCAUAGCAUCCGUGAUCCGGCUACGAUGCUCGCCGCUGGCUACUGCUAUCACAACCGUGGGGACGACUUCCUGGCCCCCUGGCCGGACAUCCUGUUCAUGGACCCCAAGGAGGGCUUGCAGGCGGUGUUCCCGAACAUGUUCAAGGUCAUGGAAGACAUGACAAAGAUCUAUGAGAAUUCCCGAGGUGAGGUCGGUGAGGUUUUCAACUCCAGGUAUGAGAAUCUGACCCAGUCUUCGCAGAGUUUCGACGCGAACAUCCUGGCGAUAUUUGAUUUCAUGUUCGGUGGCUUCAUCACACCGGAGCAGCAGGAAGAGAUCCUCGCCUUAGCCCGCCUUGAUGAUGUCAACCGUGGAGAGCCUGCCUACUCUGCUGGGCUGAACCUGACUGAGAACCCUAAGGGCGACGAAUGUAUGGAGGCCUCCCUAGCAGUCUUGAAGACACUGGAUCUGUAUGGUCCCAUCAAAGAUCUGCAGGAGCGCCUAGGAUAUGCCUGA